AUGGAUGGUGUGUUUCUUGAAUCUGGUCCCUGGAGAAUAAAUAGUAAUCAGACAUUGAGAUUGAUCGAUGGUGCAUGGAAUGAAUAUGCUAAUGUGCUUUAUGUUGAUCAGCCGAUUGGAACUGGGUUCAGUUUUGCUAAUAGUGAUAGUUAUUUACAUAAUGUAACACAGAUUCCUAGUCAAUUUUUACUUUUUCUUGAUAAAUUUUUUAAAAUUUUUCCUGAAUAUUCUAAAGAUGAAAUAUACAUUGCUGGUGAAAGUUUUGCGGGUACCUUUAUACCUUACAUAGCCUCGGCAAUCUUAAAGCGUAAUAGUGAAAGAAAAAGUUCUAUUAAUUUGAAGUAUAAUGUCAAAGGAAUAGCGAUUGGUAAUGGAUGGAUUGACCCUAUAACACAAUACAAUGCAUAUUAUACCUUUGCCGUAGAACAUAAUCUUUUGGAUGAAGAAAAUAAGGCUCUUGCCAAAGACAAGCUUGAUACUUGCAUGAAGGCACAAAAAGAAAAAGUCAGAAUUCAUUUAGAUGACGUUGGAAAGAAUGAAACAUGUGUAAAUCAAUAUGAUAUCCGAGAUCAUUCUGAUUCAUACCCUUCUUGUGGAAUGUCAUGGCCUUAUGAUAUUAAAACUGUUUCCGCAUACUUACGGCGUUCUGACGUUAUCGGAGCAAUUCAUGCUGGCGAUCAACAAAUCGGCUGGACAGAAUGUAAUAAUGGAGUAGGUCAUGACUUUGAUGAUGAUCCAAGUCCACCUGCUGUUCAGUUAUUGCCUUCUAUUUUAAAACAAAUUAAUGUUUUAUUAUACAUUGGAGAUCAAGAUCUUAUUUGUAACAAAAACGGUAUAGAAGAUAUGAUAAAGGGGUUGGAGUGGAAUGGAGCUAAAGGUUUUAAGGAUCUUACCGAAAAACAUUGGUUUGUCAACGAUAAGCUUGUCGGACAUAUGUUGUCAGAAAGAAAUCUUACAUUUAUGGUAGUUCACAACGCUAGUCAUAUGGUACCUUAUGAUGAACCUGGAGUUAGUAUGUCCAUGAUGUAUUGGUUUAUUGGACUAGAUAAACAUAUUGAAACAAAAUUUUCGUCCAAGUUCAAGUUGGGUUCCGACACCACAACUCCAACUUCGAACGCAAAUGGCACGAUUUAUAACGGUGAAGAUAGUGAAAUAUUGAAUCGAUAUUACAAUGCAUCCUACGAGGGAUCUGAAAUUAAUGUAACAAAUGUGCUGUUAGUGAUUAACUACGCAUUUGCUUCGGACCUUUAUCAUAUUCAGUUUCCUAGUUUAUUUGGAACUGCCACACUCAUCGUUGUUAUUUGUGGUGUUAUUGCUUUGGCAGUCUUUGUAUUUCGUGGAAGGUUUAGACGUAGGAAGAGUACUAGUCAAGUGAUGAAAGCUGCCGUAGGGAGUUCAGACAGUGAAAUGACCGAACUUGUUAUUGAGACUCCGCUAAAUUCAGAGGAUAUUGACCAUUUUGGAGAUAGCGAUGAAGAAGACAAUCAUGAUCAUGAUCGGUCACCUCUCACAUCUCGAGCACGAAGCGAUCAUAACAAUUGA